AUGGAUCAUAAAAAGGCUCCAGGCAAACAUGAGGAUAAGACAGAGUUGGAAGAUUACAAUAAGAAAAAUUUGUUGGAAAAUAUUAUUACGAAACAUGAGAAGACCCACGAGUUGCAAAAGAUACAGCAUUCGAAUGAUUCAUCAAGAAGCGGCAGUUCGACCAAUGUUAACUUCAGAAACCGACAUCCGUACUCGAUGAACGAGCAAACGCUGAGGGCGAGAAACGAAUUUGUAAAUAGGGGCAGGUACAUAACGCAAUUGUACUUAGCAGUUACAGUUUCGAUGGGUGCGUUCUGCUACGGAAUAGUGUUGGGAUGGACGACACCGACUGUGCGCUUGGCUAUGGAAAGCGAAACCAUCAACGGCUUGGACACAUACGCGAACAUAGCGAGUCUUAUUCCACUGGGAUGUUGCAUUGGCGGAUUAUUCUUCAAUUUACUAUGUCAGCAAAAGGGCCCGAAGAAAACGAUGCUCACCAUAGCUCCGAUUCAAUUGAUCAUUUGGGUUCUGCUGAUGUUCUUUAAAGGUUUGACGGUCAGCUGCGCUCUCCUCUUCUUGAGCAGCUUCUUCUCCGUGGGAUUCAUAAUAUGCGGCGAAGUGCUGCUUCAGGAUACCGUCCACUCUUUAAAUCUGCAACAUCUUUACCUGAUGUUUACCACAAGCACCUACGCGGGCAUCACACUGACGUACGUGUGCGGCUUGAUGGCUCAUAAGUUGAACUACUACUACAAUUACGUUUCGAUAAUCCUCGUCGGGCUGAUGACGAUCUUCCUCUUAUUCUGUCACGAGAGUCCAGUUUUCCUCUACGAGAAGCAUCCGGUGAAGGCGCAGAAGUCGUUGCGAUUCUACAGAGGCGAGGGCAACAUCUACGAAGACCUUAGGCAGAUCAAGAAGGACGCGGAUGCUAGGAUAAUAGAUACGUCCGCAAAGUAUCUGCUGCUCAAGAAGGUCGUUUACAGAGCCGUCUUCAUUGUGCUGGCAUUGAACUUCUUCCAGGCCUUCUCUGGAUACUUUGCGUUCAUCGCUUAUGGCCUCUACAUUUUCCACACGAGCAACAAGGACGUCACCGACAUAGACGUCUUCGGCAAAAUCCCGGACGCUCUAAUUAUGGGAGGGAUGUACUACGUCAUAGUUCUGGUAUCCGUAUUCACUCAUUUCAAGGUGCCCUACGGCGUCAAGAAACCGCUGAUUGUAAGCACGUUCUUGGUGACUUUAAUGCUGUGUCUCAUCGGCGGUUACCUGUACUGCUACCAGCGGAACUACGAAUUUCUUCUAGGCAACAACUGGAUCAGAUUUGUACUGCAAGGGUUUUACAUACAAGCUUACCAUUGUGGAUUAGGUUCGUAUCCCGAUGUAAUAAUGAUGGACUACGUACCGCAACAGAUCUACCCUUGGCUGAAGACCGUGGCGUUCAGCUUCCGUUGGUUUUGGGUAUAUCUUAUGGUGCGUUUCACGCUCAUCACACAGGUGAAAAUUUCCGCUGCCGGAGCGGUCUGUAUUCUUGGAAUCGCCUCUUUCUUGGGAUUCUUAUUCUGCUGCUACUACGUGAUAGAGAGCAAAGGAAAAACCCUCCUACAAAUCCAGAUGAAACUCGGAGGAAAUCCUAUUGGAUACAGGAGCACGAUGAGAUCGAGAACGGCGACAGCCGCGGGUCAUUCUUAA